AUGACCUCCGUGAGAAACUCUCAGAUUGACGAUGAAGACUUGGUUGACGAGAAAGCUCGCCAAGCGAACCAUGUCGAAGAUACCUCCAACCUCACAAAUAUCGAUGGCAUUCAGGUUCUCGGGUUGACUCCUGAUGAUGCUGAUUUUUACCAGAGCUUCUCUCAAGAGCAAAGAAAAGCCGUUUUGCGGAAAGUCGAUUACCGUUUAGUACCUAUGCUCUCCGUCCUCUACCUGGUUUCUCAUCUGGACAGAUCCAACAUUGGGAAUGCAAAAAUUGCAGGUCUCACAAAGGAUCUCGGUCUGAGCGGAAUCCAGUACAAUAUAGCACUCAGCCUAUUCUUCAUACCAUAUGUCCUACUUGAGGUGCCAAGUAAUAUGCUCUUGAAAAGAUUCGCAAGACCAUCAGUCUACUUAGGAAUUCUCAUCAUUUGCUGGGGCAUCAUAAUGACCCUGACAGGUGUGGUGCAAAACUUCGGUGGAUUAGUUGCGGUUCGAAUCAUGCUGGGUAUAUUCGAAGCCGGCUUCUUUCCAGGUGCAGUGUACCUUUGUUCCUUCUGGUAUAUGCCGAGAGAUCUGGCCACCCGCAUUGCCUUCUUCUACUGUGCAAGCGCACUUUCGGGCGCGUUCUCAGGCCUCCUAGCAGCAGGCAUCGCGAAGAUGCAUGGAGUUGGAGGAUAUGAAGGGUGGCGCUGGAUAUUCCUGCUUGAAGGGAUGGCUACAGUAAUACUUGGGGUCCUUUGCUUCUUUCUUCUGAUUGAUGCACCUCGAUUCUCACAGCGCUGGCUGACACCAGAAGAAAUCCGAUACCUGGAACUCCAACACUUUAUCAAGGAUGGUGGUCAAUUCAAGGAGGAGAGAUCAAAAACAUCGUGGAAAGACAUCCGAGCAGUCAUAUCAAACUGGCGGACGUAUUUACUGGCAUACAUUUUGCUCUGCCAAUCCGCUUGCUCCUACGGCACAAAGUUUACCCUUCCCACCAUAACCAAAGGGAUGGGAUUCAACGGCACAGACGCUCAGCUCAUGACAGUACCCCCUUACAUCGCCGGCGCAAUUUCCGCUGUGGUUUUCUCCAAAUUAUCAGAUCGCUUCUACUGGAGAAUGCCAUUCGUGGCUAUUCCUCUCCUGCUUAUUGUGAUCGGGUAUUCCAUAAUCAUCGGACUAGGCGGACAUCUGAAGGAGAAUCUUGGUCCAGGAUUCUUCGCAAUUAUUCUGACUUGCAUAGGCAUUUAUCCAACUCAUCCAGCUACAACGACCUGGACAAUGAACAAUUUAGCCCCUUCAAACCGUCGAGCAAUCGGAAGUGCGUUCAACAUUUGUAUGGGAAAUAUCGGUGGAAUCAUUGGGAGCUACAUGUACCUUGAUAGUGAGGCUCCAACAUAUCCCACCGGUUUUGGGUUAUCCUUGGCGUUUGGUGGUACGGCUCUCCUGGCGGCAUUGGCAUUGGAGGUUUCCUUCAUGUGGGGUAAUAAGAGAAAGAGCGCGAUGAGUGAGGGUGAGGUUCGGGAGAGGUUUACUUUUCACCCAUGUAUCAACUUCAAGUAUUCAUACAUGCGGACUUUCAAUCUCAUUUCCAAGUCAUGA